AUGUCCAGUCUUCACGAGCUCCUUCACCGACAGCGACCAGGACGAUGGCAAGAAUUCCGCGCCCGGCCUUGUGUCUUCCUCGCAAAAAUGCUUUAUGGUUGGUACGAGCCUAUUCCAGCUACGCCACUCACAAAACCUAUCGCGGUUGUCUGUAUUUCCGAUACCCACAACACCCAAACCGACGUCCAUGAUGGAGACAUCCUCAUCCAUGCUGGUGAUCUCACACAAUCUGGAUCUUUUCAGGAACUUCAAGAUUCGAUCACCUGGCUACGAAGCCUACCUCAUCCUACCAAAAUUGUGAUUGCUGGCAAUCAUGACCUACUACUUGAUUCAGCGCGGGAUGAUGUGUCUGGUCGAGCAGCCUCCGAGCGAGCUCAAAUCGACUGGGGAGAUAUAAUCUACCUCGAAAACGAGGAAGUAACAAUUUAUUGCCCAAAUGGUCGUCAACUGAGGGUCUACGGAAGUCCCUACUCUUGCCGCCAUGGCAACUGGGCCUUUCAAUAUCCCCGGAAUCAAGAUGUAUGGGCUGGCUCAGUACCAGAUGGAAUUGAUGUGCUAAUUACUCAUGGUCCACCACUUGCUCAUCUUGACUUACUGAAGCUCCAGGAGGCGUAUGAGGGAACUGUCGCCGCUGGAGGGGGCUUGAAAAAUCUACUGUUUACAGCCUGGGAGUUUGCUAAGGAAGUCCUACGCCCAGCCGUGGAAGCAAAAUGUUUACUUGUAAAUCCUGCCAUUGUUGGAGGGUUACGGGAUAAUGAACGAAGGUUGCCUAUCAAAGUUUUUAUCUAA